CUCUGCACGGUUCCCGGCUGUACAGGCUAACCCGGAUCCAAGAGUCGGGGCGACUCGGACCCAGUUUCCCCUUGUGGCAUAGGUACCACAGCACCAUGUCGUCCCCGGCGUCGACCCCGAGCCGCCGCAGCAGCCGACGCGGACGAGCCACCCCAGCCCAGACGCUGAGAAGUGAGGAGAGCAGCAGGUCGUCUCCCAGCCGGAGACGGAGAGGCGAAGAUUCUUCCACUGGCGAGCUGCCGCCCAUGCCCACCUCGCCAGGAGCGGACCUGCAGAGCCCAGCUGCACAGAGCGCCUUGUUUUCCAGCCCUCCUCAGAUGCAUUCCUCAGCUAUUCCUUUGGACUUUGACGUUAGUUCGCCGUUGACAUAUGGCACUCCCAGCUCUCGAGUGGAAGGAACCCCAAGAAGUGGGGUGAGAGGCACCCCGGUGAGGCAGAGGCCCGACCUGGGCUCUGCUCGGAAGGGUCUGCAGGUGGAUCUGCAGUCUGAUGGAACAGCAGCAGAAGACAUCGCAGCAAGCGAACAGUCUCUAGGCCAAAAACUUGUGAUUUGGGGAACAGAUGUGAAUGUGGCAACAUGCAAAGAAAAUUUUCAGCGAUUCCUUCAAUGUUUUACUGAUCCUCUGGCCAAAGAAGAAGAAAGUGUUGGUAUAGACGUUACUCAACCUUUGUACAUGCAAAGACUUGGAGAGAUUAAUAUUACAGGGGAACCAUUUUUAAAUGUGAACUGUGAACACAUAAAGUCAUUUGGCAAAAACAUGUAUAGACAGCUCAUCUCCUACCCACAGGAGGUCAUACCAACCUUUGACAUGGCGGUCAAUGAGAUCUUCUUUGAGCGUUACCCUGACUCCAUUUUAGAACAUCAGAUUCAAGUAAGACCUUUUAAUGCAUUGAAGACAAAGAGUAUGAGAAACCUGAAUCCGGAAGACAUUGAUCAGCUUAUCACUAUCAGUGGCAUGGUCAUCAGGACAUCACAGCUGAUUCCUGAGAUGCAGGAGGCCUUCUUCCAAUGCCAAGUGUGUGCCCAUACCACCCGGGUGGAGAUGGACCGAGGCCGCAUUGCUGAGCCCUGCUCUUGUGCACACUGCCACACCAGCCACAGCAUGGCACUGAUCCACAACCGAUCCCUGUUCUCCGAUAAGCAGAUGAUCAAACUUCAAGAAUCUCCUGAAGACAUGCCUGCUGGGCAGACACCUCACACUAUUGUUCUUUUUGCCCACAAUGAUCUUGUAGACAAGGUUCAGCCAGGGGACAGAGUGAAUGUCACAGGCAUAUAUCGAGCAGUACCCAUCCGAGUCAAUCCAAGAGUGAGCAACGUGAAGUCUGUCUAUAAAACCCACAUUGAUGUCAUUCAUUACCGGAAGACUGACGCAAAACGCCUGCACGGCCUUGAUGAAGAAGCAGAACAGAAACUUUUCUCAGAGAACCGUGUGAAAUUCCUUAAGGAACUUUCUAAGAAACCAGACAUUUAUGAGCGACUUGCUUCAGCUUUGGCUCCCAGCAUUUAUGAACAUGAAGAUAUAAAGAAGGGAAUCUUGCUUCAGCUCUUUGGUGGAACAAGAAAGGAUUUCAGUCACACUGGAAGGGGCAAAUUCCGUGCCGAGAUCAACAUCCUUCUAUGUGGGGACCCUGGCACCAGCAAGUCCCAACUGCUGCAGUAUGUAUACAACCUGGUCCCCCGAGGCCAGUACACAUCUGGAAAGGGCUCCAGUGCAGUUGGCCUCACAGCCUACGUGAUGAAAGACCCUGAGACCAGGCAGCUAGUCCUGCAGACAGGUGCCCUUGUCUUGAGUGACAAUGGCAUAUGUUGCAUUGAUGAGUUUGACAAAAUGAAUGAAAGUACAAGGUCUGUACUGCAUGAAGUCAUGGAACAACAGACUCUGUCCAUUGCAAAGGCUGGAAUCAUCUGUCAGCUUAAUGCACGCACAUCUGUCCUGGCAGCAGCGAAUCCUAUCGAGUCUCAGUGGAACCCUAAAAAAACAACCAUUGAAAAUAUCCAGCUACCUCAUACAUUGUUGUCAAGGUUUGAUCUUAUCUUCCUCAUGCUGGACCCUCAGGAUGAGGCAUAUGACCGGCGUCUGGCUCAUCACCUGGUUUCACUGUACUACCAAAGUGAGGAGCAGGUGGAGGAGGAGUUCCUGGACAUGGCAGUGCUGAAGGACUACAUCGCAUAUGCACAUAGCACCAUCAUGCCCCGGCUGAGUGAGGAGGCCAGCCAGGCGCUCAUUGAGGCUUACGUGAACAUGAGGAAGAUCGGUAGUAGCCGGGGAAUGGUUUCUGCUUACCCUCGACAGCUAGAGUCAUUAAUUCGAUUAGCAGAAGCCCAUGCUAAAGUGAGAUUUUCAGACAAAGUUGAAGCAAUUGAUGUGGAAGAGGCAAAACGCCUUCACCGGGAAGCUCUAAAACAGUCUGCAACUGACCCCCGCACUGGCAUUGUGGAUAUAUCUAUUCUUACUACAGGGAUGAGUGCCACUUCUCGUAAACGAAAAGAAGAAUUAGCAGAAGCAUUGAGGAAACUUAUUUUGUCUAAGGGUAAAACACCAGCCUUAAAAUACCAGCAACUUUUUGAGGAUAUUCGGGGACAGUCCGACACAGCAAUUACCAAAGAUAUGUUUGAAGAAGCCCUGCGUGCUUUGGCUGAUGAUGACUUUUUGACGGUGACUGGGAAAACUGUCCGCUUGCUCUGAGCUGUGUGAUCCUUGGUCUGGAAUCCGUUGCUGUUGUUGAUGAACAGUCUGAAAGGCAGUAUUCCACCACAUAAAAAUUUUCUAUCCUGUGAUGCAUUUUUUAUUUACAUUUUAAAUUAUCACUAUAUACAGUAGAGGCUGCUUUCCUGAUGCUCUACUUUACUUAAGCACCUAUUUGCACAAAGUCUAAGCCUAGUUUUGGAGAAGGUUUUUAAUGGGGGCCUUUGCUUUUGUUGUGUUGCAGGGCUGGGGAUGAAGCUAAGGGUACCUGUAUGCUACGUGUGCAAGCUACGUCCCCAGUGUGUAGAGAAUUUUGUAACUGGCCAGGAUACUGAUGUGAUGAUGAGCUAGUGACUCUUACUCCUUUCAUAGCACCUGGAUUUAACUUUAUAGAGGCUUCUCUGUAACUGUUACUAG